AUGGGGGGUGACUCGUCCCGUAGGAAUCAGAAUUUGUACUGUACCUAUCACAAGGAUAAGGGGCAUAUCAUUGAGCAACGCCGGGUGUUAAAGGAUCAUCUUGGGCAAUUGGUGAAGGCAGGAUAUCUGAAGGAGUUUGUGGCGAAUACAGGGAAUAGGGAUGCUGGGCAAGGUACUCAGCAAAGAGGGAACCUGCUUCCGCCCCCAUUAGGAGUGAUCGAGCCACCCGAGAAGAAGCUAAAAGUUGUUCGGGAUCCCAUCGCUUUUAACGAUGAUGAUUUAGAAGGAACGAUUCAGCCGCACGAUGAUGCGUUGGUGGUGACAGCCUGGAUAAAGGGUUUCAUAGUAAAGAGGGUAAUGGUGGACCAAGGAAGUGGGACCAAUGUGAUGUAUUCAGAUCUGUUCAGAGGGCUCAGACUGAAGAAGGAGGACCUCUCAAAAUACGAUACACCCCUAGUCGGGUUUGAUGGUCAAGUGGUGAUUCUCGAGGGGCAAAUAUCACUUCCCGUAAAUAUGAAAGGAAAGGAAGUGACAGUGGCUUUUGUAGUUGUCGUUUCAUUUUCUCCUUAUACGGCUAUUCUGGGAAGGCUGUGGAUCCAUGCGAUAGGGGUAGUUCCCUCCACCCUGCAUGUGAAGGUUAAGUUCCAUACCGAGCAGGGUAUUGCUGUAGUAAGGGGAAGUCAGCAAGCGGCUAGGCAAUGUUAG